CCGCAGUCUGCCAUUACCUUCCGGUUGCGAGAAGAGAACACACGCGGAUAUUUGAGAGUGAUAUUGUGAAAUUAUUUUUCGUGUUAUCUACUUUUGGACAAUAUUAAGUAUAUUGUAAAAAUGGCAAAUAAUGGAGCACCCGACUCUUGGGAACAACAAGCUGAUGUGGGAGGCGGUGAUUCCAGUCAGUCCUCCGAUCUGUCGGCGAAAAUUUCCACGUUGAAUGUGAACGCAGCCGAAUUUGUGCCUUCAUUCCUGCCUCAACAAACUGAACCUAUUUCGAAAAAAGAAUCUCCAGACUCCGUGGACGGGCAGGUUCCCAUAACGAAUGAUAAUGAACCUCAUGACAUGGACGUGGAUGAGCCACCUGGGGAUGGAGCACCUCCGCCUACUGCUGACAGUUGGGAAGAAGCUGCAGAUGGUGAUGGCGAGCCGCUGUUAACGCCUGAUAAUGAACAAGAUGGAGAAGAAGAGGAAGAAGAUGAAUUGGAGGAAGCUGUAAUCAAACCCAAGAAAAGACCAGUCAACAAAGUUGAAGAGACGAAGAGCAAGAAGGAACAUGUUAAUGUUGUUUUUAUUGGCCAUGUUGAUGCAGGGAAAUCAACAAUUGGUGGUCAAAUUAUGAAUUUGACAGGUAUGGUUGACAAACGGACACUUGAGAAGUAUGAACGUGAAGCAAAGGAGAAAAGCAGAGAAACUUGGUAUCUUUCGUGGGCUCUCGAUACUAACCAAGAAGAACGAGAAAAGGGCAAGACUGUUGAAGUUGGCCGGGCAUAUUUUGAGACUGAAAGAAAGCACUUCACAAUACUGGAUGCACCAGGUCACAAAAGUUUUGUUCCUAACAUGAUUGGUGGAGCAGCGCAAGCAGAUUUGGCUGUGCUGGUUAUAUCAGCACGUAAAGGGGAAUUUGAAACGGGAUUUGACAGAGGGGGGCAGACGAGAGAACAUGCAAUGUUGGCUAAAACAGCUGGUGUUAAACAUUUGGUAGUGCUUGUUAAUAAAAUGGAUGACCCAACAGUUGAAUGGUCUGAAGCACGAUACAACGAAUGCCGUGAUAAAAUUUUGCCUUAUCUAAGAAAACUCGGUUUCAAUCCUCAGAAAGACCUCACAUUUAUGCCUUGUUCAGGCCUUACGGGGCUAGGCCUGAAGGAUCCAUUAGAUGAAAAAAUUUGUCCAUGGUACAGAGGUGAUGCAUUUAUACCAUUCAUUGACAAGUUACCGUCACUCAAUCGCAAGAUGGGUGGACCUUUUGUAAUGCCUGUAGUUGAUAAAUAUAAAGACAUGGGAAUGGUUGUGAUGGGAAAAGUUGAAGCAGGAGAGGCAAAAAAAGGACAAUCAUUACUUCUGAUGCCAAACAGGACUGUAGUGCUUGUUGAUCAGAUGUGGUCAGAUGAUGAAGAAGUGACAGCUGUAGGACCUGGAGAAAAUGUCAAAAUAAAACUGAAAGGCAUUGAAGAAGACGAUGUGUCUCCAGGUUUUGUCCUUUGCGACAAUGCAAAUCCUAUAAAGACUGGCAGAGUAUUUGAUGCUCAGGUUGUUAUCCUCGAACAUAAGAGUAUAAUUUGUGCUGGCUACUCGGCAGUCAUGCAUAUCCACUGUGCAGCUGAAGAAGUUACUGUGAAAGCCUUAAUUUGUCUGGUGGACAAGAAAACUGGUGAAAAGUCGAAGACAAGGCCCCGCUUUGUGAAGCAAGACCAAGUUGCUAUUAUGAGGAUAGAAUGUGCAGGUGUUAUUUGCAUGGAACAAUUCAAACUUUUUCCCCAGAUGGGAAGGUUUACACUAAGAGAUGAAGGUAAAACUAUUGCCAUAGGUAAAGUACUGAAAGUAAUCGAAUAAAUUGUUUAAAUAUUAAAUUGAAGUUGGCUUAUUAAAGAAGAGUGAGUGUUAAGGUGGUUUUAUCUAUCUGCAACAUGACAAGAAGAGCUGAGAAGACAGUGGAAGAAAGGGCAACUAUCUGAGCAGCAAGGAUUUUCAUAACAGUGGAUUUACCAGCAUUCUACAUUGAAUUAUUGUAUACAAUCCAUAUAGUCUGAAUGCUACCUGGAUGGGUGCAAUGAAGGCUGUAUUGUUGCUUCCCUGUCAGAAACAGUGGUUACUGCAUGAAACAUUGUAGGCGGCAAUCAGACAUUUCACUUAUGAACUGAUAAUGUGAAUAAUGAAAACUGAGUGAAAUACAGAAAUGAGAACAUUCACAGGUGCUUUCUUCUAGAAGCUAGAGGUGCAAGUUAUGCAUCAGAUUUUUGCAUAUUUGAGUGAAUGGUAGUGUGUGUGUGUGUGUGUGUGUGUGUGUGUGAGAGAGAGAGAGAGAGAGAGAGACGCUGUGUAAAUGGAAUUGAGUGACAAGUUAUUUGCGAUAAUUUAGUUAAAGGGGAAGGAAUAUUGUGACAGGGAAAGACUAGGGCUCUAUUUCAAUGAUCGUUUGACACCAGUUACUCUAUUUGUUCUUUUUUUCUGUGAAACUAAUGCUUCCAUGUUCAAUAAACAGACAGAUGAAUUGCAGAUUUUGGUAUCAGACAAUAUAUAUAUAAAUAAAACUUCUAUGGCACAUAUAUUUUUCAACAUUAUUGUAUAUGGGCAAUAAAUGAAAACUUGCACGACUUGAAAUAUAAUGCCAUAUUUUGUUACAUAACUGCUCUUUAUCAAGCUUUUAUCUAGGUAUUGACUUAUACUGUUUGCUUGAAGUUUAAUUUUGAACCUUUCAGCAUAUUCACGGUAAAGUUAUGCAAUGUUUUUAAUAGCUUUUACUUAUGCACAUAGUAGAAUGGGUAUUUAAUGCAGUUUAUCUGCACAAUAUGGCCUUAUAAUCCAUGGUGAAUGACAUUAGUAAAAAAAAAAUUCUAAAGAAACUUUAUAACCUUGUGCCAGAUUUGUUGAUGCUAAUAACUUUGUAGUUAUAAACAGUUGAAAGAGAUUUGAAUUUAGUUAAUAAACAGUGUUGCAAAUGAACAAGCUAUGAUAUUAAGUUCUCAAGUAUUACAAAUGUGGCAGUACAGCUUUACGGUUGUAUCUUGGAAGUAUUUCACGUAACAGUGUGAAAGCAAUGACUGCAUCUGUUCCAGUGAAUUUUGUGAAAUGUACUGCAAAAAUUACUGCGUAACAGACUGAAAUAUGGAAAAAAUCUUAUUUUAGUUUAAUGUGUUAUAAAAUAUAAAGUAACUUAUUUUUUAAAGAUACUGGAAAA